UAUCCUUCCUCCCUUUGAUAUUUUCCCUCGUGCUCCUGGCUGACCUUUGGUCCCUCCAUCUCUGCUUUCCCCCCCGUCAUCUCUCGCUACCUCUCUCCCUCCCCUCUCUCUCCCUUUGCCAUCCAGCUGUUUGUGGUCAUCAUGAACAGCUUGGUGGCUACACCACCUGUGCCUCCUCAUCACUUUUACGAAUACUCCCGUCCUUCUCCCUCCCGUCCAAUGUCUACUCCCAUUCACACUCCCAACAACCGCAAACGGAAAGCCGACGAUGAGAAUGAUAACGAUGGUCGAAUGUCAGCGUCACCUACCAACUCUCCCGCCUUGACUCCGAGAACCCUCCCAGUAAACCGAAACAUCAAGCGUGCUCGUCCAAAUGUCAGCGGACGGCCUCUCGCUCUCCCCCGACUGCUGGAGACCUUGGACACAGACGCUCUUCGGGGCAUCCUCCGCACUGUGUGUGAGCGUCAUCCAGGUUUGGUUGAUGAAGUAGUCCACACAGCACCUCGACCCAGUGUGGCAUCUGCCCUUCAAGUCCUGCGACAUUACGAAUCCGCCCUUCAGUCGUCGUUCCCACUCGGUGGCAACUCCGAAUCAGAUUAUGCAUACAAUCGUGUCCGACAACCACUGGGAAAUCUUCUAGAUGCUUUGAGCGACUUCACUCCACACUUCUUACCGCCUCACGAGACGCAGUCGUCUGUUUCUUUGAGUUACCUGGAUGGUGCGACCGACAUAAUUCACGCAUUGCCCCGUUGGAGUACACCACAGAACAACCUCGAGCGGGAUUCCGCAUACGACGAGAUCUGCAAGGCUUGGAUUUUGGUGAUUCGGGAAGCAGCUAAGCGUGGAGGGGGAAUUCAGUUACAGUACGGUGGUUGGGAUCAGAAGUUGGCGAAGCACAAUCACAACUCGGGCGGUAAACUGCAGGCAGCCGUCAACGAGCUGGCUUCCAGUUUAGGAUGGAUGCACAGACCGGAUGCCCAAGGUUAUGGAAGCCCAGGCGGCAAUGACCUUGGGUCCAUCCGGGAGCAACUCCUGUCGGGCACAUACGGGCUCGGUACCCCCGUCAAGGUUGGGCCAUGGUGAACCCGGUCAACCAUCGACAACCGCAAUCCGCCUUUAUCCUCAUUUCCAACCAUCACAUCAAUUUCGCGACACUCUCUCCCGCCCUACAAAUCUUCAGGGCUCUGUCCGAAUCCUCGACCGUGCACGUCCACGUAUG